GCUUAUUCUGCCAUUUGCCCUCCAGCGGGACAGAAACAGACGCAGCAUCAGAGAUUAUCUGUCUGUUUUCAGACUCAGGAUUCAGUUUCAGGUGUUUCUGUUUUUGUUGCGUCAACUGGGCCGACCUCGUUGAUCAUGAAUCCUGAAUAUGACUACUUGUUCAAGCUUCUUCUCAUCGGUGACUCUGGAGUUGGAAAGUCAUGCCUGCUGCUGCGCUUUGCGGAUGACACCUACACUGAAAGCUACAUCUCUACCAUAGGGGUCGACUUCAAGAUCAGGACCAUUGACAUGGAUGGGAAAACUGUCAAGCUACAGAUUUGGGACACAGCAGGUCAAGAGAGGUUUCGAACCAUCACCUCCAGCUACUACAGAGGCGCUCACGGCAUCAUCAUUGUGUAUGAUGUCACUGAGCAGGAAUCCUUUAACAAUGUGAAGCAGUGGCUGGAUGAAAUAGAUCGUUACGCCUGUGAAAACGUCUCCAGGCUGCUGGUGGGAAACAAGUCUGACCUCGUUAGUAAGAAAGUGGUGGAUGCUGCCACUGCUCAGGACCUGGCUUCGUCCCUGAAGAUCCCGUGUUUGGAGACUAGUGCGAAAAGCUCUGAUAAUGUGGAGAGGGCGUUCCUUACCAUGGCCUCUGAGAUCCACAAACGUCUGGCCAGUGAAGGAGGGGGCAUGGAGGGCGAGUCAGCAGAGGCCAGGACCGCCAAGAUCAACAGCGCCCCCCUGUGGCUGGGAGGGGAAAAACAGACGCAGGAGGCCAAUAACUGCUGCUGAGGUGGAAACAUAAGCACAAAUAUUUAUUACUUGAUGAGACAGAUGUGUCAUUUGAAAAAGACCCAGCUGUCUGGUUUAAGGACUCAUUAACUCUGUGUUACAGGCACACAUAUCGGCAUAUUUUUGACAUUUAUGACUUUGGAAGAAAAACACAUUUUUGACUUGACUAUGAUAUAUUUUUGAGCUUGGUACUUUUGAAUGAGAUAGAGGUUGACUUUUUUUCCUUUUACAAUUAUGUUCAUUUAUUUUAAAAAAUGAGAAAUGGAAGUAAAACUAAAUAAAAAGAAAACUAUAGCACAUUAUAAUAAACUAGGACCAAACAUGCAGAAAUCAGAGCACUCAGCCAAAGGAACAAACAGGGUGGGGUCUAUUCAAGUGUAGACGACAUGAUUUGGAAAUACAGAGAGGACCGCUCUCGUGAAUAGCAAUAGUUGAAUGUUAAUUAGCAGCCACGCAGUCUUUAAUUAUCUGAUAUAAGCAACCUGACUAUAUGAUUUAAGUUUCUAUCAAUGCCUCAGACUUAUUAACCAGUUCCUGUUGUGUUUUGCUUGGUGUUUGUUUAUGUCAAUAAAGAUAUCUGAAGUUGG